AUGCCAAACACAGAUCCUCUUAAUACAAAUGCACAGAUUAAUCAACCAGAGAAUGAUCUACCUGUUCCACUUGUUCCACCAGUGGCUGCACCAUCUUUGGAAGUCGCUGAUGCAAAUUCAACAGUUGCUACUGCUAUUGAUAAUACUGAUGAAACACUCAGUAUUCGUGGUCAAAUUCAAACACCAACGUUAUUAUCACGAACGAAUAAAAGUUCAAAUUUAUCGGAAGCAAAUCAACAAGCUAAAAAGAAAUGUGUUCCUCGAAGUGUAAAACGACAUUGUAAAGCACUUUAUUCAUCUACAAAAUCAUUAUUUUUUAAUAACAAGGCAAUGAAAUCUUGUCGGUGA